AUGUUCCAAUUCAACCUCCUUUUCGUCGCUGUCGCCAUCUUACAAGCAACGUCCACGCUUGCAGUUUGCUCGUCGCCCGACAACACUCCCGCGGUUUGUCAAACGUCGCAAGCCAGUCCUAAAGUCAGCGACUGCCAGGCUGCUAUUGAAAAACUCUCGGGACCUUGCCACCAAUCCAACAAUGUCGGCUCGUACUGCACCUCGUUGGUCACAGUAGGUACUUGCAAAAUAGAUGUGUGCGGAUAUCCUGGUGCAGAACUCUACUCCGGAGUAAACUGUGGGGGGUAUCUUCAGACCAUCCUGAACAGUUGCCAGUCUGGGGGACUGGUCGGAGGUUAUCUUCAACCGGAGAAGUGUAACAUUCAGUACAACGACCAACCCUACAAGUUGCAGUUUUCGCACUCUUGA